CUCUAAUGAAUGAACUCUAAUCUUCUAUUCUCUAACACAAAUUAUAAGAACUAUUUAAUUUUAAAAAUGAAAAUCAACAAGUUAUGCGUAUAGCUUACUGAAAAUCAAAGGCUUUGACAAUUUUAAGUUUUUAACGUACAUCCGAUAUUAAACGGAGUAUUAGUCUGUUAUACAAUUAUUACGCAAUUACUGAAAUAUCCUCUUCCCCAUUCCUGUUCGAGAGGAGUGUGUGUUUGAGUUUGAGAGCCCUUCUUCUCCCACCUAGGCUAAAACUUUCGCGCUCGAAAAGUUCUCCCCAGCUCCACUUUGUAUAUGCGAACCCUAAAUCCACCCCGAAUCCCAAUCAAUCCUGUGUCGAUACGAACCCUAACCAGAUUACACACAGCUCGACUUGUUCUUCUCAUGUGCUACAAAUUCCCCAAUUUCUGUGAUUGAUGUCUCUUCAGAUUGUGGAGCUCCAUCGUAACCCUUAAUCUGCAAACAUGGACGCCAAGGACAUCCUUGGAUUGCCCAAAACGCCACUCUCAGUACCUCCGGAAAAGAAGUCCCAGCCGAAGAAAGAUUCCCAGAGAAAACCCGAUGGCAUUUCGCGCGAGGUGUAUGCUCUUACGGGAGGGCUGGCUCCGUUAAUGCCAUCGAUUGAUUCGUCUUACUUGAAGAAACGGCCCCCUUCUGACGAGAAGAUCACUUGGCAAUGGCUUCCCUUCACAAAUUCUGCUCGGAAGGACACUCUGCAGCUUUAUCAUUGGGUUAGGGUGGUGAACGGUGUUCCUCCAACAGGGGAUUAUUCGUUUGCCAAGUAUAAUAAGUCUAUUGAGGUUACCAAGUACACCGAUGAGGAAUAUGCACAGCAUUUGACUGAUCCUUCAUGGACCAAGCAAGAGACAGAUCAGCUGUUCGAUUUGUGCGAACAAUUUGAUCUCCGCUUUGUGAUCAUAGCAGAUAGGUUUCCAUCUUCUCGGACUAUGGAGGAAUUGAAGGAUCGCUAUUAUAGUGUGUGUCGUUCCAUAUUGCUUGCUAGGGCUUCAUCUCCAGCUGAUGUAUCGGGCCAUCCUUUGGUUAAGGAAAACUAUAAUGCUUCACAAGAGAAAGAACGCAAGCGUGCUUUGUCCAUGGUCCUUUCCCAAACCAAGCAGCAAGAGAAAAAGGAUGCAGAGGUCCUCGCUGAAGCCAAAAAAAUAGCUGAGUCGCGGAUGGCUGCUAAAGGUGUCGAGGAAUCUGUAAUGCCUGCGACUGAGAAUGAAUUUCCUGAAACAACUAUUGAUCACAAUGAUACUCUUGUAUCUCUAUCCAAUGUUCGACUUGCCCCAGUGGCAGUUCCACCUUCAACUUUGGUCAUUGCAGAUACUUCUUCUACUCUGGCUUCACUGCGUAUGCUUCCAGUAUACUUGAGAACAUAUGCACUUGAGCAAAUGGUGCAACAGGCGAGUUCGUCAGCAGGACUUCGUACCAUUAAGCGAGUUGAGCAAACUUUGCAAGAUCUUGGGAUUAAUUUAAAACCUAGGGUGCCAACAAAAGCUGUCUGUGCUGAACACCUGGAGUUGAGAAAGGAAAUAUUGACCCUACUAAACCUCCAAAAACAGUUGCAAUACAAGGAGGCAGAAGGUUCAUCAUUACGUGAGGGUACUACCUAUUCAGAAAUGCCUGGUACACCAAAGCGUCAAGUACGUGAUCAUGAUCGGACAUUUAUUCCUGAUGCGAUGAGUUUUGGAGGUGAAAGAGGUGGUCGAAAGGACCAGAAACGCAAGGGACCUGGAAGGGUAUCUGAGACACCAUCAUCUCCAGCUAAUAAGCGGCCAAGAAAAAUGAAGGCAUCUGAUCUCUGAUAGCUGGAGGAACUAGGUAGCAGAAUGGGGUUUCAUCUGUUCUGGGCUCUGGUUUAUACGAGUAUCAAUCUUCAAAUAUGGUUUGGUCAUUGUUAGUUACCAUGAGUGUUAUUGGCUUCAUGCAGUACACCUUAGGGUUUGACAGCAGCAAUUUACUCCUCAAGGAAAAUAGAUAAGCACUAAGAUUUCCUGUGACAGAAUCCAGAGACUCGCACCAAAUGGGCAAAGGAUGCAAAACAAUGAGCUGGAAUUGCAGCUUUCCGACGUUGUUGGCACAUCUUUAACUGGAUGCUGCCAAAAUUCUGACUCUAUAUCUGUAUAAUCAUUGUUCUAUGGCGCAGAGUUGUGACUUGUCCUAUUUAUCUAUAGAAACAGUUCCUGUCCUUGGCUGUAUGUAGAUGGAUGUUGGAGAGUAGACGAAAUGCAGAUUUGUAGGAAUGUCAUAUAUCCAAGUUCUUCCCAUUCCCUGGGUAAUACUGUUAGGUCGGACUUCACUUCACUUCGAUUCAUUGAAUGGUAUGGUAGGAAAUGUAUCAUAUUCUGCUUGAAAGCUAGGAUUUGCUGAUUUGGUACAUUAAGAUUCCGCUCAUUCAAAGUGCAGACAGAAGUGUUGUACGUGGAGAAUGUUCCUUUGUAGUUGUCUUUUUGGCAGCCUGCUGGUGGGGGGGAUUGGUAUUUUGCACAAUGGUGGCUUUUCUUUUGGUGUGUGGUAAUUGUUUCUUUGCGUUGAAACUUUAAGUAGAAGCAAAAUUGUUGACAUAGAAAUGGUAGUCGGUCACCAUGGAUAUUGUAAUCGCUUGAGGAGAAAGUUAUGGAACUACUCUUACUUUGAACGUACAGAACGUAGAAAGAAAAGAGAACUAAUAUACACCGAGGUAGAAGUCACUGCUGCCAUUAACUCGAAGCAAUAGCAUUCCCUCUUCUGCCAUUGACACCAAGUUCUGAAGGCCAUUGCCUAUGACAAGCUGUCAAAAUGACGGGCUACAGUUCCGUGGAGAGCGAGGCAAACACAAGGAAAGAAAGGGGAAAAAGCUUGGCGUACAAGCUAUAUAUGUCGAAAGAGAGGGAAGAAAGACGGCAAUGCUCGUUUACUUCGUCGAAAAGCCAAAAACAGGUUGCUGCAUGCGAAAGAUAGUUUUCCUUUCAACUCAGUACUGCUUGCGGACAUAACAUUACACUUCGUUCAUCCACCUAAUGUUAUUCUUAUUUGUGUGGAGUUUCAAUGAGACCUCCAAAAACUACGAGUAUGAAUAAUUCGGUGUCCUACAAACUUGGAGGGGUCAACAACGAACUAGACAAUGAUGCUUAUCCUGACAUCUGGGAGGUCUUUUGAUAGUUAUGUAUCUCGUCACUUGUGUCAUAUUAAUAUUAUGCGUGACAUUUUUUUUCUUACCUGCAACGCUAAUUAUGAGAGGGUCAAUGAAUACAAUGAUGAUAGAGAAUGGACACUCAAUAAGGGAUAUUUAUUUAG